AUUCAGCUGCCGGUGAAUGCAUUGCUAUCCUGCUUCCUGACAGAAACAUCAUUAUUUUUACAGUGAUGUCAUCCUCCACCCCCUUUCUGUCUGAGGAGCUGUUCCAGUGCUCAGUGUGUCUGGAUGUCUUCACCCAUCCCGUGUCCCUCCCGUGUGGUCACACCUUUUGCCAGUCAUGCGUCCUUGCCCAGUGGACAGCAUCUGGCUCCUCCCAUUGCCCCAAAUGCUCCGCAGUUUUCCAGGAAACUCCAGAUCUCUGUGAAAACUCUUUUGCUCGUGAGAUGGCAGAGCAAAUCCGUAAACAGAGGGGUCAGAAGUCAUCUCGUCCAGUCCAAGCAAACAUUGUUUUUUGUGACAUGUGUCCACUGGAGAAGGCGUCCCAUGCUGUCAAAUCAUGCCUGGUGUGUGUGGCGUCAUACUGUGAGGCGCAUGUGACGUCCCACACCUCCAGGUUCACCAAACACACGCUGGUGCAGCCGCAGAGCAUGGACAAACGGAUCUGUAGGAUACACGAAAGACCACUGGAGCUUUACUGCAGAUACGACCGAUCUGCAAUUUGCGUGUUGUGUAUGAAUGCAGAGCAUAACACACACCACACUGUACCUGUGGAGAGAGAAUGGAUGGAAAGAAAGACUCAGCUAUUAAAGACACAGACUGACCUGAAGCGGAUGAUUAUGGAGAGAUGGAGUAAAGUGGAGGAACUCAAACACUCUAUAAAACUAAGCAAAGAGAACACAGAAAGAGAGAUGGCACACAGUGUUGAGGUGUUCACCACACUGCAGCAGAUCAUUGAGAAGAGCCAGAAUGAGCUGCUCAGAAAGAUGAAACACGAGCAGAAAAGUGCAGAGAAACAUGUAGAGCGCCUCAUUAAAGAGCUGGAGGUGGAGAUCACUAAACUGAACACCAGAAACUCUGAGCUGGAGAAGCUUUCUAGUUCUGAAGACCACCUCUGCCUUAUACAGGCUUUCCCUACACUAAGUGAGAUGCCACACUGUAAAAGCUGGUCUCAGAUCAGUGCUCACACCUGUGAGGGUCUGGAAUUACUAAGAGAAACCCUGAAUGCCGCAGAAGAACUGCUGAAAACACAAAUACACUCCGCCACAAAGAGAGAACUUGAGGCCAUAUCCCAUUAUGCAGUGGAUUUGACCCUUGACCAUGACACAGCAAACCCCUGGUUGGCGGUGUCUGAAGACCGGAAAAGUGUCAGUGAUGGCAACGUAGAACGCAAAUUUCCUAACAACACUCAACGUUUUGACAUGGCACCAUGCGUCCUGUCCAAAGAGCCUAUCUCAAGGGGAAGGACUUAUUGGGAAGUAGGAGUCUCAGGGAAAACAGCAUGGGACUUGGGAGUGGCCAGAAAAUCAGUCAACAGAAAGGGUUUGGUGACUCUGAGUCCUGAGGAUGGUUACUGGGCUGUUUGUCUGAGAAACGGCUGUGAGUACAGGGCCUGUAACCGUGAAUCAGUGCUUCUGUCACUAAAGUCUCUUCCACAGACAAUUGGAAUAUAUGUGGAUUUUGAAAAAGGACGAGUUUCAUUUUAUGACACAAGUGCAUGUGGACAUAUCUACUCAUUCACUGGACAGCGCUUUACUGAAAGCUUACUGGCCUACUUCAACCCAGACAUGAAUGACACAGGAAAUAACAAUGCCCCGCUGGUCAUACAACCUGUCAGGAUUGACAGUGGGGCAAGGAUAUAUGAUACUGUGACAAUCUAAAGAUUGAAAACCAAUAAAAAACAGCAAUGUAACAGCAAAUAAUGUAAGACAUAAAAGAAUUGAUAUGGAGUAAUGAUGACUGUUAAUCUGUACAUAUAUAUUUAACUGUGAAUCCAUUUGUAUCCAAUGACAACGCAACAGAAAUUAUUUCACAUAUAUAUUUUAUUUCUAGGAAAAUUAAUUUACAAAUCACUUAUAAUUCAAUACUGAUUUCACAUAAAUGUCUUCUAUUUACAGAUGCAAAGAACAUCUUUGUAGGGAUCUGUCAUAGUGUUAUACUUUUUUUUACUAGCAAUAUUUGUUUUGGUGCCUAGCAAAUGACACUUAAACUUACUCAAAUAUCCACCCUCACAGAAAUGUCCUCAUUUAUUGAUGAGAAUUGAUAAAUAAAUGGCCUCACAAUGCCACAAUUUUCUUCCUUUACGUGAAUGUUUUGUUCUAAGAUUGUAGGUAAAACAAUCAGUUCUGCAUUUGACACUGUUGAUCACAGCAUACUUCCGGACAGGGUGGAAAACUUGGUUGGGCUGUCAGAGACGGUCCUCAAAAGGUUCAGAUCUUACCUUUGAAGGAAUUUUUGAUGAUUUUAACGUUGUCCUAUAUGCGUUAAUAGACUAAUCCUUGCAUUAACAGUUUAUGUUUUUAAUUAAUUAAAACUCACACUGAUGUGUUUAUCCUCAUAUAACCUUAUGUGCUUAACCUCAUAUAACCUUGCUCCAUAACAGCUGUGUCUUUGUGUGACUGAUAACCGAAAAGUUAAGUCCUCUGUACUUGUUAUCAACAAAAUGUUACAACUCCACUUUCAGAGUUUGCUCAUUUGCAGGAACAAUAACAGACGGGAGGGGCGAAGGCUCACUCUUUUGCAGGCUCUGUUAUGUGUAUGCGUAACUUUUUCUGUGCAGAUUUGCUGU